AUGGCGCAUUGGCUGGCCUGCCUUAACUGGUUCGCCAGGAGCUACCCAUCGCUACAUGAUGCUGGGGUUGCCCUGAAUGUUCUGGACAGCCUUGCUCUGUACCUGUCUCUAUAUCUUUGGAGCUUCCUCGACUCUGCCCGUCAUGCGCCUUCUGCUCUACCUACCUUCACUUUGCGACUUUGCGACUUUGCUUCUGGAAACGACAGGAUGACUCUCAUGAUCCAACACUACGGCUCCCUGAGCUCGAAGCCAACACUAGGCAACCUGUGCAAAAAGAUCCAACUCUGGUAUUAUCAGUAUGAAGUGACAUUUGGGCUCUAUGUUUUGACUCCCACCGAGAAAAUAAUCACGAAUACGCUCGUCCUAUCAUUUUGUGGUCUUCUCAUAUUCGCGAUGGUGGCGCUUGCCCCACUGUUCAUCAUCCAAGUCAUUUCAAAAGCGAUGACAAGCCUCUUCUGGGUAUAUGUGAACGAGAACGGAAACCAGCUGGUGGUGCGGCAUACACCAUCACCGUGGGUGAACGCUACGCAUAUUGGAUGGGAAGACUUUGGGGGUUAUGCAAGGUGA